GUGUGUGUGUGCGUGUGUGUGUGCGUGUGUGUGUGUGAGUGUGUGUAAGUGUGUGUAUAAAAGAGCAGAGUGAUGCUGUUGCUCAUCAGUGUCUGAACUUCUGCCACGAUGUUGUGCUUCAUGAGCGUCCUCUGGCUGGCUGCCACAUGCCUGGACACAGCAACAGCGUCCUACGCUUUGUCCACCACCAAAGUGACCACGUGUGACACUCUGGGCUAUGUGCAUCGCCUCAGCUGUGAGCGUGGAGUGAUUGCUGUACAGGCUGCACUGUACGGACGCCUGGACAGAGAGACCUGCAGUGAGGGAUGGACCAAUAACCUGAAAGACAUCACCUGCUCCCAAAGCGGCACCAAAGCAGUCCUUCAGAACAGAUGUGAUGGGAAGACGACCUGUGAGGUAAUCACAAAUGCUUUCCGCUUCUCUGACCCGUGCUAUGGCACCUACAAAUAUCUGGAGAGCACCUACGCCUGUGUGCUGGAGGUCAGCAGCAGUGUGGUGUGUGAGCACUACAACACCAGACUUCAGUGUGGGCAGGGUCAGGUGAUCCAUGUGCUUUCGGCGUACUACGGUCGCACUGACCACUCCACCUGCUGUGAAGGACGUCCUGAGUCUCAGCUCCAAAAUAUCCAGUGCAAACUCUCCGUCAUCAGCAACGUGGCUCAAAUGUGCAAUGACAAAUCCAGCUGUUCGGUCGGAGCCAGUAACUCUGUGUUUGGAGACCCCUGUGUGGGCCCCUGCAAGUACCUGGAUGUCAAGUACAUCUGCCAGAGUCCUCAGCCGGCAGUCAGUGUGGUGUGUGAGCACUCCACCGCCCACCUCCGCUGUGGGCAGGGUCAGGUGAUCCAUGUGCUUUCGGCGUACUACGGUCGCACUGACCACUCCACCUGCUCUGAAGGACGUCCUGAGUCUCAGCUCCAAAAUAUCCAGUGCAAACUCUCCGUCAUCAGCAAAGUGGCUCAAAUGUGUAAUGGCCACAGCAGCUGUUCGGUCAUAGCCAGUAACUCUGUGUUCGGAGACCCCUGUGUGGGGACCUACAAGUACCUGGAUGUCAAGUACAUCUGCCAGAAUGCAUCUGUUUGAGUCUGGGUCUCCAAUAGCCAGACUGCGGAAGUCUGUACUGAGGCGAUCUGGAUCGGCCCACGAGACUCUUAACCUGAUUUGAAUGUGUCAAAUAAAGUGCAUAAGCUACCGACAAUGUUCAGAUUCAAACUCCCUCGUCAACUCUAAGUGUAAUACCUAAAACUGACUACUAGAUAAUAUGAGCACAAACCUUCCUGAAGCCUCCUAGGACCUGCCAUCCACAUAGGUGUGGACAUUUAUGUCCAACAUGUUUUGGGUUGUUCAGGCAGUUAAUAAAUAUUUUUAGCAAAUCA